AUGACUGAUAUCAAUGAACUGCGUCGCACCCGCCCACAAAAUGCGAAUAAACACCCAGGCUUACCCAACCUGGAAGGGCAAAGUCAGCGACGUUCUCAAGCUAAGAAGAAGAACACCAAACUCCCCCAGAAAACCCAUGAAGCUCAAGAACUGGCCGUGGUUGAGGGUUUGCAGCAGCUGUCUGCCAUGCAGGAAGAGAUGAAGAAGGUGGAGGUGCAAAGCAUGACGAAGAAGCCAAAGGCAGUAAGGCCCUGCGCUCGCCCUGUCAAGAAAAAGUCAGAGCCUGCUGCUCAAGCAGAUAAGGCACUCCUGGGAGUAGGAACUGAUACCGUGGCCAGUGAGCGCAUGUCGCAAAUGCUGCGUGAUACUGACCCAGGCGAGGAUGUUGAGGCUCGGUCUCAAGAAAAUCAGAAGGACAAUGGAAUCAAGACAAAGAAGAAGACUGAGAAGGACACGGCUCUUGCAGCUCAGUCAGGGGCACGUGUUGAAGACAAGAAAGGAAAGUUGAUCUCCGGCCAGCACAAAAUCCCACCUCAGGUUGUCGCUAAUUCUUCUCAAGCUCUCGUUGGUGGCUUUGGCGAUGAGCUUUUUGAUUCAGAGGAUCGCUUGGGCAUCCUUCCAAAGCCAUCCACGCUUAAGAUUAUAGAUGUGCCUACUGAGCUGACCGCGGACAGGUCACUUCCAACGGAGGGCUUGAAGGAUGACACAAAGGAUUCGGAUGAUGCAUCAACCGAUGCAGACAAUGAUGCACCAACUGAUGCGGACAACGAUGCAACAAUGGAUGUCAAGGAGGAUAUGGCCGAUAAGUCUCAGGAUAGCGGUGACAGCCUGAGCAGUUUCAUAUUCCGUCGCUCAAAUAACAGGACGCACAACGCUGUGGACACCAAACACCAUGUCCCAGUCUUCAAGGAUUCCUCAGACGAGGAUGACGAUAUUGAGGUUCUCAACAUGGAUCAUAGUAUGAUGAAGCCUACAGGCUUCGUCGAAACAACCAAGACAGCGAAGAAGGCUGUACGUUUGACGUCUUCCACUUCUGUUGGCGUCUCCAAGUCAUCCACUACAAUGCAGCCACCUGCAAAGAAGGUCAAAAUCGAAGACGGGGCCGAUGAUACUAUACCAAAAUCAACACUUACAGCGCCGCCUGGCUACUGGAUUGAGAAGCGGUACAAGUCCUGUUCAGCUUAUCGAAACUGUGAUCUUCCCCCUCAAUGCCAGGAUCAACGAUGGCCUAAGCACUUCCUCCCGACUGUUUAUUUGUGGGCCAGCAGUCAAAAUGACCUCUGGCAGAUAUCAGAUAAUUCUCUCAUCGACGCGCUCCAAUGCAUCAUGGAUGUUGUGUAUGAUGAUUCAGAUCUCCAGUACAAGGCCACGCAGCGUCUAGCAGAGUGGCGCAGUAAUUUCGGUUCAACAGGACUUGCUAUAAUGAUCGAUUUCUAUGCCCGGAACAAGGACACUGACGCGAAAGAGCUUGGCCAAGCGCUUAUGGAAGACUUCGCUUUUCUUUUCGAGGACAUGGACAACAUCGACACAAUGCAAGCAUUCCUGUCCCCAUUCAUGUUACAACUCUUCACUACCGCUCAUCUUCAUAGCAUUAUCGGGUAUGCUGAAGUCACUGCGCUCAAAACGGAUGUAUUGGCUUCCAUUGGCAUGGCUGGCGUUCUCGGCAUUUGUGCAGCUUCGCUUGAAUGCGCCAUUAAGUGCCUCAGUGAUGGUGCCAUCAACAUUGAUUCGGAUGCUCUCAAUAUGCAUCCUGCACAAAGGAAGCACAAGCUGUGGACACCGAUGACCUUCAAUAAGGCCACUGGCAAUCACAGUACUACCGAACAUGCGUUCUCUAUCAAUAACUGGGGGUCUGUGACUACCUCCUAUGUGACUGGUGUCAAGAAAAAGGGAGAAAGCUUUCUGAGGGAGACAACAUCGAUGGCCCGGAAACUGCUCAAGAAAUCAGGCAAUGCUGCCCUUCGGAAGUACAUUAGUCUCAAUGAUGAGGAUGAGGAGGAGAACAUUGACCGGCGCUGCAUGUUGUGGUAA